AUGAAAUUUACUACCCUCGCUACCAUUGCUAGUGUUUUUGCCGUUGCAACUGCUGCUCCUACACCAACCACUGUUGGAUCAUUCCCAACUGCCACGGUUACAGUCGCAGCCCACUCCAUCUCACCUGUAUUCACUGGUCUCUCAACCAUCCAGGGAGACGUUGAUGCUAUUAUCCAAGAUGUACAAACUAUCACUCCAUUAAUUAUUGGUGAUUCAUCCAUUCCUGCGGAAGUUGUUGAAUUAGUUACCGCUCUUGGAAAAUCGGCUCAGGAUAUCGCGGAAAUUGUUGGAACCGUUUCAGGAGACCUCAAUAGUAUCAUUGGUGCCGCAGCUGCCGCAUAA